AUGUGGAAAUUAUUGAUACUGUCACUAUAUUUAGGGGUGAGUGUAGCGGUUACCCCGAAGUUUUGUUGCGAACCGGGUUCCGCAAUAUUGAAAAGAAGAAACGUAUGUUGGAACCCAGUAUCUAAUGUAACUAAUGAUAUAAAAACAUUAGAAUGCCAAUUCAAAUUGCGUUUACUUCGUUACGAAAUAAAUAGUGAUGGGACUUUAUUGCUGCCAUUAAGUAGUAAAAAUUUUACGGUUGACGUCAAAAGUUAUUGUCUUGGAAAUGCAACUACAAUAAAAGAUUUGGAAUUGAAAAAUGCGACCGAAACGGCGCUCGUGUGUUCCGAUAAAAAAGAGAAGAUCAUUGAUGAUAAGGUAUCCGGAUACUGCCUGAUAGUGUCGGUAGUGUUUCUGUUCCUAACAGCUAUCGUAUAUGCAGCACUAUCGGAACUCAGAGACCUUCAAGGAAAGAGUUUUGUAUGUUUUUGCAUAAGCCUUGGAUUGGGUAUGAUGAUAUUAGUAAUCAUGAAAUUGAUGACAUAUAGCGAUAUGAAACUGUGUGCUGUGAGAGGAUUUUUGACGUACUUCUUCUUCCUCGCCAGCUUCUUUUGGACUAAUGCUAUUUCAAUACAAAUUCUAUUGUGUAUAAGGCGUCCCUCUACAAUAAAUUACAAAUGGAAGGACUUCUUUUGGUACGCCUUGUAUGCAUGGGGAUGUCCUGCAUUGUUGACUAUGAUAUUAGCAAUCAUAAAUUUUGUCCCGGGAAACCAUUCGAGACCUGGUAUCGGACUGAUGCAUUGCUGGUUUUAUGAUAAAGAAAACCAGUGGUAUUAUAUGUACAGCGUAAUGUCAAUAUUAAUAAUAGCUAACAUUUGCAUAUUCAUUUACACUUCAGUCUGCCUUUGGAGAAACACUUUUGCCACCAGUCAUUUGAAGGCACUUAAAUAUAAGUUUAUGAUGACGCUUCGACUCUUUGUAUUGAUGGGCGUGACUUGGAUAUUUGAGAUGUUCAGCUCUUUUAUGGAGGAAUCGCAUUUUUGGGUUAUCAUAGACAUUUACAACACGCUGCAGGGUCUAAUGAUAUUUUUGAUGCUCGUGCCGUUUAGAAGGCGAGCAGUUAAAGCCAUGUACAAGCAAGGCUGGUUGGACUGCUGCACUAAUGCCGUGGAAAAACAUUUAGCUGUCGGCGAAGACGACGAACAAGAUGUAAUGGCACAGAAUACAGAUGUGCCCAUGGAAGAUAGAAACGGAAAAUGA